AUGGUUCAUGGACAGAAAUCAGACUUGGUGACACUGCAACAUCUAAAGAGCAAGAAAACACUGAAUUUUCCAGCAAACACAAGGUUAUCAAAGAAUUGUGAUAGCAGAAAAUUUCUCUGUGAACUUCCAGUAGUGGAAGCUGGAAAACCUAUCUAUCCAGUUGUUUUAUACCAUGUUUACAUCUACACUGGAGACUUGGAGCAAGCUGAUACAGAUUCUGCAGUUUAUUUGUGUAUCUAUGGAAAAAGAGGAGAUUCUGGUCUGAGACUUCUGCAUAAAACUGGCAUGCCAGUGACAUUUCAGAGAAGAAGGGUCAAUGUUUUUGAAGUGGAAGCUGUAUCUCUUGGGAAGCUGCAGAAGGUGCUGUUGCGCUGUGAGGCUGACACCAAGUCCCACUACUGGUACUGUGAUAAAGUUGUUGUCAGAGAAGCCUCCACCAACUCAGAAUAUGUUUUCAAUUGUGAAAGGUGGCUUCCAUUUAUGUCUCAAGGUAUAAUCCAGUCAGAAAUUGAGCUGUACCCCCAAGAGUUUAAAAAAAAUCAGCAUCUGAAAAUGCAAGAAGCUAAUGAAGGAGACUGGAACAUUACUGUAGUCACUGGGGAUUUUGAAACAGCUGGCACAACAGCAACAGUAUCCCUUUACGCUUACGGAGAAAACAAAGCUUCUGGUCCUAUUAUUUUGGGAUCUGGGAAACACCAGCUGUUUAAUCCCAGCAGUAAAGACACAUUUAAGAUUAAUCUCAGAGAUCUUGGGCAGCUAUAUAAAAUCCGCAUUGGCCAUGACAACACUGGAAAUGAUCCCAGUUGGUACCUGGAGGAAGUCAGACUUGAAAGAGUAGUCCCUCUUUCCGAUGAAGAGAUUUGUCUCCCCAUAGAGUGCUGGCUUGCAGAAGACAAGGAUGAUGGUGAUACGUGGAAAGAAGUGGCAAUAAGAAACCCUGCAAAGGAGCUUUUGCCAUUGUUGGAGUAUGAGGUCCAUGUAUACACGGGUGCUGAACUUGGUGCUGAAACAGAUUCCAAAGUUUAUAUCAACCUCAUUGGGACAAGAGGAGAUGCUGGCAAGAGGAAGCUCCACAGAUCUAAGAAUAAUAAUGUAAAAUUUCGACGUGGACAGAUGGAUAUUUUCUGCAUAAAGGCUGUCUCACUGGGAGACUUGGAGAAAGUUCUGAUUAGCCAUGAUGGAGCUGGUCCAGGCAAUGGAUGGUUCCUGGAUAAGAUUGUCAUCAAACAUAAAGAAGGAGAGGAAGCUCGGGAGGUUGUAUUUCCUUGUAAUAGAUGGUUAGAUGAAUGUCAAGAUGAUGGGAAAACUGAAAGGGAGCUAACUGCCAAUGAGGACAGCAGUUCAGUGAAGGCAUUCCUCAAAGCACAACGGUGGAGAGUGCAGGUUAAAACAGAUGGAGAUUCCCCAGAGCCACAGGAGUGUAAGAGGACCCUUGUGAUUUAUGGCUCAAAGGGCAAAAGUGAUGAGCUUCUGCUUUCUCCACAAACCCCUGGCUAUGUGUGCUUUCUGCCCAGAGCAACUGAUGAAUUCACUGUUGAGACUGGAGAUCUGGGAGACAUAUACAAGCUUCGAGUCAGCUGUGAUGAUGUGCCAGGCUUUGAGGGUUGGCAUCUGAAGUCUUUUUGCUUAGAAGAGUUACACACAAAACAAGUGCUGAACUUUGACUGUAACUGCUGGCUCAGAGAAGACAAGGAGCUGGUGAAAGAAUUCCCUGCAGUCACCAAGGACCAGAAAACUUUACCAGUCUAUAAGUAUGUUGUCUCUGUGCAUACUGGUGAUCGCUGGGGAGCAGAGACUUUCGCAAAUGUUUAUAUCACUCUCUAUGGCAAAAGAGGGGACACAGGUGUGAGGAAACUUCAUAAAUCUUUAACAAAAGGAAGAAAAUUUCAAAGAAAUAAGGUGGAUUCAUUUUUGGUGGAAGCUGUGUCUCUGAGCCAUCUACAAAAAGUGGUCAUAGGACAUGAUGGGGAAGGCUAUGGGGCAGGGAUGUACCUCAAGAUGGUAACAGUCAAGGAAUCACAAGAUUCAGACAAAGAAUGGGUCUUUCCAUUGUGGAACUGGCUUGAUACCCAUUUGGGCUUAUGUGACACUGUUUGUGAGGUUGUAACAACUGGUAGAAGAUUGACUCUUAGUCCUAAACUGCCUGAAAUCAACAUGAAACCAUCUGGUCUCUGGAUAAUGGAUAUCACUGGAUCCGACUUGAGCAAUGAGGAGGAUCCAAUAUGCCUUUCUUUUAUCUUUUACGGCAACCUGAGCUGCAAAAAGUUCCCACUUCAAGUCACGGGGAAAGCAACGCAGAUCAAAGAUGAACUGGCAGAUAUUGGCUCAAUAUACAAAGUUCAGGUAACUGGCCCACAUAGUGAGCUAAAACAGCCAUGGCACUUAGAUUUCCUGCAUAUGAAGCACACAGGCACAAAGGAAGAAAUGUAUUUAGCUUUUGACUGCUGGUUCAACCCUACGGAAGAGAAAUGUGUGGAACUGCCAGCUCUCUAUGCAGAUCAGGAGCCUUUGCCUGUUGUGGAAUAUGCAAUCCAUUUGCACACGGGAGACUUGAAGAAAGCAGAUGCCACUGGUGAAGUUUAUCUUUGCAUACAAGGAGAAAAAAGUUACUCGGGGAAACGAUGGCUUAACUCGAAAAAGAGCCUGAUCACUUUGGCAAGAGGGCAGGUGGAUAUUUUCAAAAUCAAAUCAGUAUACCUUGGCAAGUUGAAUCAAGUUCUGGUUGGAUUUAAAAGUCUAAAAAAAGAUGAGUGGUUCUUGGAAAAAAUUGUUAUAGAAGAAGACUUCUACCCUUUUUCUGCACAUGUUUUUGUUCACAAUGACUGGAUAAAUAAACGUUCCAAAAAGGAUUUUGUAGAAGUGGCAAUUCCGCUCAAAGAAACAUCUGUGACAUCUCUUGUGAAAAAUUUUGAUAUGAAAAGCAGAGGACAAUGGCAAAUAUGGGUGCACUGUACACAAGUACCAGAAGAUGUUCCUGACAUUCAAGUUGUUGCAUUUGGAAGAAAAGGGAAAUCCCCUGCACAGAAAGUUCAAAAUCUGAGUGAUGAUCCUUUUUUGUUGACUGUUGGUGAUAUUGGAGAUAUAACAAAACUUUCCUUUAUGUUAUCCGGUCCACCUCUGAGAAGAGGAAUUAAACUUCACAAGCUUCGGCUAAAAGACCUGGACACUAAACAAGAGUUGGGCUUCCAUACUGAAGCCCCAUGUCUGUUUGGAGAAGAUGGAUCUGAGACUGUGACAGAGCUAGCAGCAGUCUGGCCAGACAAGCCACCACUCAGGGAAGUCCUUUACUCGAUCAGUGUUCAUACGGGAACAUUGCCUGCAGCAGGGACUGAUGCAAAUGUGUUUAUUACAGUAUUUGGAGAGCAGGGAGAUUCCUCUAAAAGGCAACUAAGGCACUCGAAUUUUGAGAGAGGACAGGUUUCUAUCUCUGAAGUGAGAGCAGUAGACCUUGGACAGUUAAGCAAAGUCCUUGUUGAGCACCAUAAUGAGGGUUAUGGAGCUGGAUGGUACCUGGACCAAAUCGUCAUCCAUGAAUCAGGCAAGACUGAUGACCAAUAUGUGUUUCUUUGCCAACAAUGGUUAGACAGUGGAGUUGGUGAUGCACAGAUGAAACGAACAUUGAAACUACUUGGAAAAGUUGGGAAUGGAAUGUUGACAGGAAAGAUUUAUGGGACUUGGGAUGUCCUUGUUACAACUAGUGAUAUUUCUUCUAAUUCCAUGAACCCUAAAAUGUCUCUAACUGUAUGUGGUGAAAAAGGAACCUAUACUUCAGUCAUAUUUCCCAAAGGAUCCCUUAAAAAAGAACAGAUUUAUGAGACUUCUAUUGAACUAAGUAAGAAAUUUAAUACUAUAAUCAAAGUUCGCCUAGAAAUUGAAGAAGCUGGAGAAGGAGAAACUUGGCAUUGCUGUGAGGUAAAGCUUCAACACAGAGAAAGUAAAAAUGUUCUAGAAUUUCCAUUUUGUCACAACUUUGCUGAUGAAGAAGGAGGAAGAGUGACUGAGCUUCCAGUUCUCACAGCUGGCUCUCCUUUUCCAGCAGUGAAAAGAUAUGUUCUCUACAUCACCACGGGUCAGGAACCUGGGUCAGGAACAGAUGCAGAUGUAUAUGUCAUGUUGCAAGGGCCUUUAGGAGAUACUGGCAGAAGAAAGUUAAUCAGAAAAGGAGAUGACAAUUUCACUAAAGGAAAGGUGGAUGUUUUUCAAGUGGAAGCAGUAGAUGUUGGGAUUCUGCAAAGGAUGGUGGUUGAAAAAGGAAAAGGUUCUGACUGGUUUCUGGAGAAUAUUAUUGUGAAAGAAUCAUCAUCUUCAGGGACAGAAACAUUGUUUAUGGCUCAUAGGUGGCUUAAAGACAGACGCAAUGGAAAAAUAUCUGCCUCAGUAGCUCUGAAUGCCACAGGUCAAUACUAUCUUCAAACUAUCAUUUGCUAA